UCAACGACGACGACAGUCGAUUGUUGUUCGUGAUUUUCUCAACCUUUUCCAUCCCUGACAAAAAUCAUCUAAUGUCCGGGAGACCAGCAGGCAAACCAGAUCUUUCUGGCUACAACUAUGGUGCCAUUUCAUCCCUUGUCUUGACCGCUGACAGGUCUGCUCUGCCAAGGAGAGACAGAGAGCCCGAUGGCGCCCCUACUUCCCUCGCAGGGCGGAUUGACCCACGUGAGAUGGGCUCACGCGUCCAACGUCAAGCACCCAAAGAUGUGGAGAAAAAGAAGAAAAAAGCAGGAGACGCGGGCAAGCAGGACGCCCCAGAAAAGGUUGUGAAGCGACGUGCAGAAGCUGGUUUUGGAUACACAGAUAUUAUCGACGCGACACAAGAUGUCGAAGGACUUUCGUACCGUCCCCGUACUGCCGAAACCCGUGAGGUAUAUGAAGUCAUGCUAUCUACGGUGCACCACGUGCUGGGCGACCAAGCACAAGACAUUGUCCGGAGCGCAACCGAUGCCGUUCUUGAAAUACUCAAGAAUGAGUCCAUGAAGGACUUUGACAAGAAGAAAGAGGUUCAGGAGGUGUUGGGUCCCAUUUCCAGCGACGUGUUUUCUCAGCUCGUGGCCCGAGCGCAAAAAAUCACCGACUAUGGCGCCGAGGACGAGACAAUGGCAGACCCAGAUAUGGAGCGUAAGGACGCCGAAAUUGACGACGAAGUUGGAGUUGCAGUCGUAUUCGACGACGAGGAACAGGAGGAUGAAGAUGAAGAAGGCUACGAAAUUCGGGAUGGUUCAGACGAGGAAGGUGACGAAGAGGAGGAUGAAGUAGAUGAAUCCGCUUCAGUGCCUGAGGAAGCAGGUGAUGAGGAACUUGUCAUCGGAGGCUCGUCAACCCAUGGAACUGGAAAAGCCAAAGCAGAUAAAGAUAUCGUCUCGCCGCACGCGAUCGAUGGUUUCUGGGUGCAACGUCAGAUAUCGGAAGUUUACUCGGAUCCAGUUACUGCAGCGGAUAAGGCAGCCUCUGUCCUCUCUAUUCUUGGCUCGGAAUCAGGCUUGCGUGAUUGCGAGAACCAGUUGAUGGAGCUGUUCGAGUUCCAGAGCUUCCACGUGAUCACCAAGUUCCUCAAAAAUCGGGAUGUGGUCGUAUGGUGUACGAAGCUCAUGCGGAGCGACGCAGACGAGCGGAUCAAUGUCGAGGUUGCUAUGCGAGAGAAGGGUGUUGGUUGGAUCUUGCGAGAGCUCGCUGGAGACCGCCAGACCAAGAAGGCGCAGGAUGAUGCCAUGGAUGUGGACGAGACAAAGCUAUCGGUACCAAAAACAGCAACUCUUGCACCAGGCUCUACAGUGCAACCAAAGCGCACGGUCGACCUAGAGAGUAUGGCAUUCAGCCAGGGGGGGCAUCUGAUGUCCAACAAGAAGUGCAAGCUUCCUGAGGGCUCAUUCAAGCGGGCACGUAAGGGAUAUGAGGAGAUUCAUGUUCCUGCACCCCAGAAAAAGCAAGGCGGCGAGGAAGAACUUGUACCUGUCACUGCACUGCCGGAGUGGGCAAGAAAAGCAUUCACCGUGCCCAAGCUCAAUCGAGUUCAGAGCAAGCUUUACCCAAUUGCCUUCGGGACGGACGAGCCUAUCUUACUCUGUGCGCCUACCGGUGCUGGUAAGACCAAUGUCGCCAUGCUUACUAUCCUUAAUGAGUUAUCAAAAUAUCGCGACGAGGCUACAGGCGAAUUUGCCCUCGACGAUUUCAAAAUUGUCUAUAUCGCACCUAUGAAGGCCCUUGUCCAAGAAAUGGUCGGAAACUUUAACGCGCGGUUGAAUGAUUUCGGGAUUAAGGUUGGCGAGCUCACGGGAGACUCUCAAAUGACAAAACAGCAGAUCUCGGAGACCCAGAUCAUCGUCACCACACCCGAGAAGUGGGAUGUCAUCACGCGCAAGAGUACCGACACAAGCUAUACAAACCUCGUUCGGCUCAUGAUUAUUGAUGAAAUUCACCUGCUGCACGACGAGCGUGGACCCGUGCUUGAGAGUGUUGUGGCACGUACGAUACGGAGGAUGGAGCAAACAGGAGAGUACGUUCGCCUAGUUGGUCUCUCAGCUACGCUUCCGAACUACCAAGAUGUUGCGACAUUCCUCCGCGUGGACGAAUCGAAAGGCCUAUUCUAUUUCGAUGCCUCGUACCGUCCGUGUGCGCUUCAGCAGCAGUUCAUUGGUGUCACAGAGAAAAAGGCUAUCAAGCGUUUCCAGGUCAUGAAUGAGGUUUGCUACGAGAAGGUCCUUGACCAAGCGGGCAAGAAUCAGACCCUUGUCUUCGUGCACUCUCGCAAGGAGACCGCCAAGACCGCCAAGUUCAUCCGCGACAUGGCUAUGGAGAAGGAGACAAUAACGCAAUUUGUUCGUCCCGACUCAGCGACGCGUGAGAUCCUCCAGGAAGAAGUAGGCAAUGUCAAAGAUGCCAAUCUGCGCGACCUCUUACCGUUUGGGUUCGCUAUUCACCACGCCGGUAUGACUAGAGAAGAUAGGAAUAGUGUCGAGGAGCUUUUCGCAGAGGGUUCAGUUCAGGUUCUUGUAUGCACGGCAACGCUCGCAUGGGGUGUCAACCUCCCGGCACACACCGUCAUCAUCAAGGGCACGCAGAUCUAUAAUCCCGAGAAAGGACGGUGGGUUGAACUCUCUUCCCAGGAUGUGUUGCAGAUGCUCGGUCGUGCUGGUCGUCCGCAAUAUGAUACGUAUGCUUGCUGAACCAGCAAUUACCGAUCGAGUCUCAGUUUGUGUCAAAACUUGCAGACAACCUGAACGCAGAGAUCGUUCUUGGAACUGUUCGCAACCGUGACGAAGCCGUCCAGUGGUUAGGGUACACUUAUCUCUAUGUUCGCAUGCUAAAGUCCCCAGGACUGUAUGGUGUUGGCGUCGAUUACCAGGACGACGACAAUGGUCUCAUCCAGAAACGCGCCGACAUUGCCCAUUCUGCCGCCGUUCUGCUGGAGAAAUGUCACCUUAUCAAGUACGAACGUGCAUCUGGUCGUUUUCAGAGCACCGAGCU